AUGGUUCGCAUCGCAAUUGCUGGCGGGGCAGGCAAUGUUGGUCGAGAGAUCAUCGACGCUUUGCUUGCUAUAAAAAAGCAUGACAUCCUAAUUCUGUCUCGAAAAGAGGCCCCAGCAACUCCAAUCGCGCCUGGAGUCAAAUGGGCCCAAGUGUCAUAUGACAACAUUGAUGAGUUGACACGGGCCUUGGAUGGAAUAGACACUGUACUAUCCUUCAUCGCUGAGCCCUACAACCCAGGUUCCGCCAAGCCCUCGAUUCAGCGAAUCCUAAUCGAUGCUUCUAUCAAAGCCGGCGUAAGGCGCUUUGCUCCCAGUGAGUGGGCUACGUCUCACUUUGAAGGCAUGCAUUGGUACUCUUUCAAAAACGAUACUAGGAACUACCUUGCCGAACUCAACAAAGAUAAGAAGGUCAUUGAGUAUUCGCUAUUCAUUCCAGGACUUUUCACCAAUUAUCUCACUUUCCCUUUCCCAUCCUCCAAGCACGUCGAGCUUUUCGAAAUGCCAAUCGACUUCUAUCGCCGUCGGAUACUAACUCUGGAGGGCCACGAAGAUGACACGAUUACCCUCACAACUACCCAAGAUAUGGCCAAAGUGGUUGCGCGGGCUAUUGACUAUGAAGGAGAAUGGCCAGUCUUUGGUGGCAUUGUUGGCUCCAACAUCACCAUUUCCCAGCUCAUAGCCCUUGGGGAGAAAAUUCGUGGUCCUUUCGAAGUUGAAAAACUCAAUCUGGAUGACCUUAAAGCCGGGGUCGUCAAGGCCUCUUGGCUUCCCAAAGUUACCCAUCCAGCUAUCCCUGUGGAGCAGCGUGAGAGUGCUGCCGGAGCUCUCCUUACGGGCAUUUUAUCGGGUAUCCACAAUGGUUGUUGGAAGGCUCCUAAUAAUGCAUGGAACGAGUUACUCCCGGAUAUUGAGCUUUCUCGGCCUGAGGAUUGGUUGGUGGAUGCUUGGGCCAAGAUUGAUGCCGGUGCCCAGAGCGUUCACGCUGACGAGUAA